ACCAAUGAGCGUGUACCAAAAUAACAAGCUAUGAGGAAGGAGUAGCCAGCAACGGGGUUUAGCGUUGUGUUGUAUCUGAGGAGAUUUUUUUUAAUUAAAACGCAGCUUGCUUACACCGGGUAAUUUUCUUCUCAUGAAUAUUUAGAUUCUGUUAGAAAGAAGAGUUUUGCUACAUUUUUAAAUUUCAUUUCGCUUACCUGGAAACGAAAUGUGUGCAGACUUCUGUGAGAUGCACAGAUGAGAGCAAAACUUGGGGUCAGCCAUUGAUUCCAUGCCCCUGGUGCAAUAUCUGGGUGAAGGUACUUACGGCAGUGGUUGGAGACUCGGGCUCCGUAUUGACAUGCACAGGUCUGACACCUUCAGCAGUGAGCUGGGCUUCCUGCCGUCACUGUACCCCAUCCCUGGGCUGGCCCACACCUCAGACAUGAGGGUGACUAGGGGGGCCUCUGACCACAAGCACCUUACGGGGGUAUCAGUCCAAAGCUCGAGCUGGGAGAAAAGAUGUCUGAGAAAGCACAAGAGAAGAAAUGAUGAUGAUGGUUGCAGUCCCAAAAGAAGGAAGUUGACAGGCCAAGGGCCGUACUUGCCUUGGGGAAAUACCAGCACUGAGCCUGUUCAAGUAAUGCCUGCAAGCCCUCUGCCUGAACCCGCCCCGCAGUACCUAGCCUCCCCAUCUGCACUUCCCUGCACAGAAGCUGAGGGUUCCUGCAUGGAGGUAGAGGCAGCCCAGAGGCGCCUGCAGGAGAUUGAAGACCGGAUAACCCUGGAGGAUGAUGAGGAUGAGGAAGACCUGGAUGUGGAUCAAACACAGAACCGGCCAGUGUUAGUGAUGUCAGACAGCCUGAAGGAGGGGCUGCAGCAGGGCCUGGGUGACAUCCUCCCCCACACCGUGGCACAGUCAGUAAGCCGUUCCUGCAUGGAGUUGGUGUUAUGGCGCCCCCCAGAGGAGACUCUGCCACGUAGGCUGAAGGAAUCCCUGCAUAGGCAGAGGAAGCAGGCGGCGUGCCGGCACACCCCCACUCCCACCCCCACCCCCGUGCCCGCUAACCUAGAUGCCACGCUAUGUGAACACGAGCCCCCCGCCAUGUUGUUCUGUAACCCCCAGGCUCAGGGCCCUGCUGAAGAGGACAUGGAACUGUAGAGUCCUGGGGGUGUCAUUACCCCUAUCCCCUCUCAGACCGAGCAUGGGGGCCAGCCUGGGUUUUUCAUACAGACCUGGUGCUUAGAGUUAAUUGCACUGUUUUGGGCCAAAUAGAUUCCUGGCGAGCCGGUCACCAUGGAGUAUGUGCUCAGUUGUUUCUGCCCUUGUGGAAACUCCAUCCAUUUGGGCCUCCUUCAGCGUGGCAUUAUGGGGUGCAGCAGACCUGAGGGACCAUGCCAUUGAACCCUUGCACCCGUUGUUGAAAGACAAACUCUUCAGUCUGGGUUUUAAUCCAUAUCGCGUACGCUUUCUGUAAUCUCUUCAGCGACUCUGCUGUAAGUACAUUUUCACAUGCCUUUGCUUACUUCAUGCCUGGGUAAAAUGCUAUUGUGUUGGAGAGAAUAGUUGGAACAUCUGUUUAGUAUUAAUGAGGAUUUUGUAAGCUGGUUUACCACAUUCAAGGUAAGAUGUGUGAUUUGCAUUUGGUUUGCAUUCUGCAGCUUUUAAAGGUGCCCUUUACCAUUCAGCAAUCAGAUUGGUUAGGCUUAAAUGUUUAAAAGAAAGUGUUUCUAUGGGAUCUAUUUGUAGGCUAAUUUCAGUUUGUUACUGCUAUUGGAGUGAAGCAAAGAUGUGAAGCUUACUGGAAGUUAUUUGCAUUGGGUUAGUAGGCCAGUGUCUUGCACUACAAUGCAGAAAAUGGAUGGAUGGUAUUUUCUGUGGUAAUGAGCUGUAUGCCUGCCUUGCAUCUGCUUUUGUACCCUGACAAUGCUACAGUUUAUUUGCCUCUGGUUUCGAAAAUAAAGGACAGUGGUAAUUUCUCACUGUCAUAACAGCAGUGUGGCUGAAAGUGACUUUUGCACUCAAGAGUACGAUAAGCACAGUGAAGAUUGACAGUCCUUGUUCCCUUCCAAGGUAUCAGUGUGACCAUUGUCACACUGAAUAUUGAUCAUUUUUUUCAAUCAAAUUUCAGUGGCAAAAUGUAAAUACAGUACAGUGAGUUUUAAAAUGUCUUCAUUAUCAACAUGAAACUGUAUGACAAAACUGUUACCAAUUAAACAGAUAAGCACUCUAA